GGGUCUGGGAUCCCGAUGGCGGUCCCGGGCCUGCAGCAGCGUUCCCUAAGCAAGAGCGGGAUCCAGGCGCCGCCGCCAGGUCGGGCUGUCUUAUGUCCCCGGCCUUCCGGACACCGCCAUCCUGCCUUAACCCAACACUCGGCUGUCUUUGCCCGCGUCCAGGAAUCAUGGACGUCUCAAAAACCAGCACCGACCAGAAAGUCUCGAUGUGCCCCCUGGGUGGAACAAACUUUUGAGAAGAACCGGGCCCUGCUAGCAGUGCUGGCUGAGAGAAAUGAGGCAGUGGCGCCUAUUGGGGCUUGGGUGGAGUGUCCCUCACGGUGUGGUGAGGAAGCCCCCGCAUCUGUUUCAGCAUCUCAGUUAGAAGAAGAAUUUAAGGAACAACAACGGUUAAAAGAAGAAGCUCUAAAACGCUUUCAGGAACAAGUGAAGAACAGAGUAAAUCAGCAAAUGAGGCUAAGAAAAAAGCAGCAGCUUCAGAAAUCCUUUGAAGCAGCAGAAAAAGAAAGCACUGUAGCCAUGCAGUCUUCCAAUUUAGCCCCACACUUGACUCCUAAAGGAAGGACAAACAUUUUUCAAAGCAAUUUGAAAAGUACCAUCCGAAGUUCUGAUUCUAGCUUCCAAACUCUUCGUGAUAUUGAAAAGGAGGAAGAAGAUGAAAAUGGAGCAUUUCAACAGCAGGCCUUGGCUCUCAGCCAAACUGUGAAGCAAGCCCGUCAACAACUGGCUUCCCGAAAAACCACAGAUGGAGAGAAGCCAUUAGGACUUUCAGAAGAUAGCAUGGAGAACAGCCCUACCCAAGAGAUUGCACUCCUCAGGCAGCCAAUAUCUCUUAGGAAAGAUGAGAGAGGAAGAAAGGACUCUCCUCUGAAAGAUCAUCAAGAUCAGCUACUUCCAGCCCAGGCCUCCAUCAGAGAUCAGGCAGAGCAGAAGGAAGAAGACAGGGAGCAGCAGAAAGUAAACUCCUCUGGAAAACAAAUUUUGGGCAGCUGUCAGCUAUUAGUGCAGAUGGUAAGGAGACAGAAAAGCUUCUUCCUUAUCAUCUUCCAGACAAGAUACAGGCCCAGGAGACUACAGAGAAACCAUAUUUUGGGCAGCUAUCAGCUGCUGGUACAGAUGACGAGGAUACAGAAAAGCCCCUUCCUUAUCAUAUAUCAGGCAACAUACAGGCCCAGGAGACUGCAGAGAAACCAUAUUUUGGGCAGCUAUCAGCUGCUGGUACAGAUGACGAGGAUACAGAAAAGCCCCUUCCUUAUCAUAUAUCAGGCAACAUACAGGCCCAGGAGACUGCAGAGAUAUUUGCUGUGGAUUUUACUAGUGAAGGAAGAAGUAAAACAUUCCCUGUGGAAUCCUACAGAGAACAAGGGGUACCUUAUGCUGAUGACAGAGAGGAGCAAAAAAAACCACAUUUUGGGCAGCUAUCAACUGUUGGUGCAGAUGGUAAAGGAACAGAAAAGCCCCUUCCUUACUAUAUUCCAAGCAACAUACAGGCCCAGGAGACUGCAGAGGACCCAUAUUUUGGGCAGCUAUCAACUGUUGAUGCAAAUGAAACCAUAUUUUGGGCAGCUAUCAACUGUUGGUGGUAAAGGGACAGAAAAGCCCCUUCCUUACCAUAUUCCAGGCAAAGUUCAGGCCCAGGAAACUGCAGAGAAACCAUAUUUUGGGCAGCUAUCAACUGUUGGUGUAAAUGGUAAAGGGACAGAAAAGCUCCUUCCUUACCAUAUUCCAGGCAACAUACAGGCCCAGGAAACUGCAGAGAAACCAUAUUUUGGCCAGCUAUCAAUUGCUGUUGCAGAUGGUAAAGGGAAAGAAAAGCCCCUUCCUUACAAUGUUCCAGACAACAUACAGGCCCAGGAAAUUUCAGAGAAACCAUAUUUUGGGCAACUAUCAGCUGUUGGUACAGAUGGUAAAGGGACAGAAAAGCCCCUUCUUUACCAUAUUGCAGGCAAGGUUCAGCCCCAGAAAACUGCAGAGAAACCAUAUUUUGGCCAGCUAUCAACUGUUGGUGCAAAUAGUAAAGGGACAGAAAAGCUCCUUCCUUACCAUAUUCCAGGCAACAUACAGGCCCAGGAAACUGCAGAGAAACCAUAUUUUGGCCAGCUAUCAGCUGCUGUUGCAGAUGGUAAAGGGACAGAAAAACCCCUUCCUUACCAUAUUCCAGGCAACAUACAGGCCCAGGAGACUGCAGAGAAACCAUAUUUUGGGCAGCUAUCAACUGUUGGUGUAAAUGGUAAAGAGACAGAAAAGCCCCUUCCUUACCAUAUUCCAGGCAAGAUGCAGACCCAGGAGACUGCAGAGAAACCACAUUUUGGGCAGCUAUCAGCUGCUGGUGCAGUUGGUAAAGGGACAGAAAAGCCCCUUUCCUACCCUAUUCCAGGCAAGAUACCGGCCCAGGAAACUGCAGAGGUUUAUGGUGGUCCUCAGUCAGGAUUAAGAAGUGAAUUCCAAAAUUUACCUUUAUUUGAAUGUGGAAUAGACCAAGAAGAAGAUAAGAAAGCGCGUCAAAAGCAAUACUUAAGAUACAGACGACUUUUCAUGGAUAUUGAGAGGGAACAAGUAAAAGAACUAGAGAGACAAAGAAAAUUUAGGAAGAAAAUUGAAAGAGUUAAGAAGUGGAAAGAGCAGCAGCGUUGCAUUGAGGAGCAAAAGAUCCUGAGAAAGACCUGCGAGGAAGACCUGAAUUCUGGGGUGAAAACAUGUGAGAUAUUAGCUGAUUCAAAAUUGGAAGAUAAGAAAGGAGCUAUUAAAAAACAUCAGAGAAGCAGAGAAUGUAUCAGAUAUAUAGAAGCUUUAAGAGCCCAGAUACAGGAGAAAAUGCGGUUGUAUAAUAUUGAUUUACCUCCAUUGUGCUGCUGUGGUUCUGAUUUCUGGGAUGCUCAUCCUGAUACCUGUGCCAAUAAUUGUAUCUUCUAUAAAAACCAUCAAGCAUAUACUCAAGCACUACGUUCUGUCAUCUCAUCUUGUGAAAUUUCUGAAAAUAACUCAUCAAUGCGACUUGCCAUCCACAAUUUUGCAUCUACGCGCAGACGGAAUUGGAAGAUUCAGUCUCAGUAAGAAGUUGGCAUCAGACUUCAUUCAGUUCUUCAGAGGGUAUUGGAUUCAGCUGAUCAGGUGUAUGAU